AUGGAGCUAAAGCUUAAAGUUAUUGAGGCUAAGGAGCUUCGUGCCGCGGACAUUGGACUUAGCUCAGAUCCAUACUGCGAAAUAUCAAUCGUCGACAAAGAACAGAAAUUCAAAACGAAAGUUAUAGAAAAAAAUUUAAAUCCAGUUUGGAACGAAGAAUUCAUUAUUCCUAUUGAUAAUCAGGAAACAGAUGCUUUAAGCAUCCAAGUUCUUGACGAAGAUGCUGGAAAGGAUGAUGUCCUUGGCUUCGUAAAAAUAAGAUUAGAUUCAUUCAAGCAAGAUUACGAAAUCACCGAUUGGUUCGAAUUAGAUUCAACUGGACCGCUUAGUGUUAUUAAUGCCGGCCAGAUCCGUUUAUCAUUAACAAUUCAAACAAAGAAAUCAGAAACCGAAGAAAAAGUUGACGAAACACCAGCCGAAACAGAGAAUACACCUGCAGAGGAAGAAACGAAGCCAGAGGAGGAGCAGCAAGAAGCUGAAAAGCAACCAGAAGAAGCUCAGCCAAAUCCAGAACAAAAUCAAGAAGAAAAAGCAGCCGAAGAGCCAGCCGAAAACAAAGAACAGAAUACUACUACAGAAGAAGCUCCUAAAGAAGAGGAGAAAACAGAAGAAAAGCCAGAAGAUGAAAAAGCCGAAUCUAAACCAGAAGAAGAGGAAGAAUCAGCAGAAAAUCAAACAGACGAUCAAAAGAUAGUCAAACUAAAGGAGCGUAUUGACCUUUACCACCAGAAAUAUCUUGCCAUCAAGAAUGGCAAGCCAGGACUAGUCAUUCCACCACGAGCCGUCCUUAAAAUCAUCCAAUCUCCAACAAUACAGCGAAAGCAAGCCGAAUUACAGAAGCAGGCCGAGGAAGAAGAAGAAAUCCAAGAAGAAGGACUUCCAAACGAAGAAGAAGAGGAAGUACAACAAAACGAGGAAGAAGAGAACCAGCAGAAUGAAGAGGAGGAACAGGAAGAACAGCAAGGAAAGGAAGAACUCGAAAACGUCAUCAAACAAGUAUCAAAGAGAGCUCAAAAGAUAUACGGAAAACUACUCGAGAAAUACCAAGGAUUGACUGAUAACUCUGAGACUCUCAAGCAGCAGAAGAAGCAGCGCGAGGCAGAUAAAGAUGAAUCUGAUCUGACAAAACUUUCUGUCGACAAAUUGAAGGAAAUCUAUAAUAAACUUGUUAAGGAAAAUAGGGAUCUCGAUAAGCAGUUGGCUCAGCAGCAACAACAGCAGCCACAACAACAACAGACUGAAUAA